AUGCAACAGUAUUUAAACUGGACUAAUAUCAAUUCUUCAUAAAUAGGAUCAAUGAAUUCAACACGUUAAUGUAAGCACUUUAAUUAAAUCACCCAUGAUACUUGGUCAAAUCAGUGAAUUUUGAAUGACAUCAAAGUCUCACAAUCAUUAUCAGUUAUUCAAGCUACAACGACAAAUAAAAUGAAGUGGAUUAGUAAAAUUGCUUAUGGAACGGGUCAAAUGCUUAAAGAUCUUGUUGCAGGAGUUAUCAGUAUAUUCUACAUCAUAUUCUAUGAAGGUUGUAUCAGUUUGAGUAGUUCACAAGUUGGGGCAUUAUUACUGUGUGGUCAGAUUGCUAAUGGAUUAGCCACACCAUUGAUUGGUUAUUUAUCAGAUCAUCCAUUCAGUCUAACUGAAAAACCGACAACUGGUCACCAGUCGAUAACGUGUGAAGAUGGAAGUGUAAAGAAGGAUAAGAGGUUGUUCAAUCGAAUGAAACGACAGUUUAGACUUGGACAGAGAAAGUCAUGGCAUUUAGGUGGAUGUUUAUUGAUGCUUAUUGCUUUUCCAUUGAUGUUCGGACAACCGGAAUAUUUUGUUGGUCUUCCAAUUGUGGUGAAGUUACUGAUCAAUGGUAUGCUUAUAAUUUGUGUUCAGGUUGGUUGGGCAGCUGUACAAAUUCCCCAUUUAUCAAUUAUCAAUGAUUUGACAGACCAACAUGAUGAACGAGUAUUACUUGCAUCCUUAAGAUAUUUCUUCAGUGGUAUAGGCGAUAUGGCUACAUUGCUUGUAACGUAUUUAUUUUUUGAAUCAGAAAAAUCCAGUUUGUUAAUCAUGAAAUCGGUAAAUGAGACUGACAACAAUGUGAGCAACAGUCAACUGUUCACAAAAUCAUUAAUAACAACUGACAUUAUUGUUGGAAGUGAACGAGCAACAUUGUUCAAUGAUUCGAUAAAUAACCAGUCAACAAAUGUUGGGAAACAGUUAGUCGUACAUUCAGAAUACAAUAUAACAAUUCAAGAUUUGCCCAUAUUUCGAAAUGUUGCAUUGAUUGUCGUUGGCAUUGGAGUAUUAUUCACAAUAAUCUUCCAUUGUGGUGUUCGUGAAGGUAAACCGAAAGCACACCAAUCAUUCACAAUGCAAUCCCAUGAAAAUACCACAGAUGAAUUCUCACAAAUGAAUGGAAAAAACGACAAUAAUGGACUGAUUAAUGGUAAUUCUGUUGUGGUUUCACAGCUCAAAUCCAAACGAAAACGGACCUACAGCCUCUCAUCUACACUUCCCUGGUAUGCUUGGUUUACACUACCAAGAUUUUGGCUGAGCUGUUCUACAUUCAGUAUAAUGCGUCUUAGUGUAACUGUUUCUGUGAUGUAUAUGGGUCCAUUUUUGUUGAAUUCAUUAAAAAUGGAUAAAAGUUCAAUGGUUUCUGCCCCAUUAGUUACCACAAUUUCUUGUUUGAUUACAUCAGUUGGUGUACAAAGGAUUAAUAAAGUACUUGGGAAUUAUAUUGGCUCAGUCGUCGGUGUUCUAUUUAUCCUUGGAUUUUGUACAAUCGCUUACUUUUUAAACUCAGCCGAUGAAAACCUCUUAGCAAUAUAUUUUGCUGCAGCCAUUCUAGGCAUUGGAAACACAAUCAAUAAUGUUCGAGCAUUGGUUGUGAUCACAACAUUGAUCGGUGUAAAACAAGUACACACAGCAGCAUUUGUUCAUGGGAUCGCAUCAUUUUUCGAUAAAAUUUUGACUGGUGUCUUCAUUCAAUGCAUACAACUCUGUGUACCUCAGUUAACUUAUAGACAUAUACAAGUGUAUAUUGUAGGUAGUUUGGCAAUAUUCGGUGGUAUUCUAGCGACAAUUGGUAAUUUCAUUUAUUCAGAGACUUUAGAAAGUACAGAUGCACCAUGUCUUUCGUGUUUUUGUCAAAGAACAACUUCAUCGUCGCCUCCGUCACCAACGAAAUUUCAGAGUGAUCAAACCUUUAACCGUGAUGUUCGAAACCAAAAGGAAAACAGCGAUAACUGUCAAUGCUGACCAACAUAUUUAUGUAUCAUUAAUACAAGUCUUUCCACAUGCAACAAAACGUCUCCAUUUUCUAUCUCUAUACCAUUUUUCAGUCUAUCAGGUAAUUGAUGUAUAUUUACCUACUGUUCCCUUCAAAGAAACCCGAUCUAUUAUGAUACAUUUCAACAUGAAAUCCAUACCUUUCUUAAGCAAUCUACCAUCGAAUACUUAAUUCAACCUUUCCACUGAAUAUUUUAUUUUUGUAUACAUCAGGCUGGAAUACUUAGACACUUGAUGUAAAUUAAGAAUAUGGAGUACUCAUAAUAUUUGUUAUUUUGGUGGAUUAUUGUAUUAAUUAUCAAUAGUUAUUCAUAAUUGAUUCUUCGACAGAUGUUUUCUCUGUAAACAAACAGGAGUCAGAGUGUAGAUAACAUUUUUUAAAUAAAACAAGUAGAAAUAAAUUGUCCCAACCAACAA